AACUGAAAAGAGAAAUAAAAUAAGAGAGAAUCAUAGACAUCUAAUCUCUACUGAUUCUGGUUCUCCUGGCUCCUAUCAUGAGCUAGAGUGGGAAUGUGGCAGGGACCUGUAAGAAAUGCCAGAGAACAGGGACUUAGGUAUUGAGGUCGAAUGUGUGACAAGGGGACAAGGUUUGAGCAGCCAGUACAAAUGGACAAAUAUUUGCAGAGAUUAUUUGCAGAUGAAAUAAAUGCACAGAUCAUUUCAUCCAUGAUCUCUUACUGAUCAUAGAUGAAAGCAAAUAACUCUUUUCUUCAUGGGACAGAGAAGUAGGCAGAACAGGAUCGAGGAGCUACGAAAUCUAUCAAGGCAGUCUCAUUUCUCAAUGACUGGACUGUGCGGGAAUUUGGGGCCCCCUAUGAAUGAGUGGAAAUAAAGCAGAGGAAGUCUCUGAUGACCUGAAGAUGGAGGAGGACAAGUGGGAACAAUUGGGUUGCAUUUCCUGUUUCUUAGGUCUUUAUCUAAAAAUAAGAGAAGCUUGGAGGUGAUGGAUGGGGUGUGCCCUGGGUCCUGGGCUCCUUUCAGACCACAGCCCUUAGGGAAACGGAUUGUAUGUUUCUGGUUUCUCCCCUCUCCAGGGCGCUUUGUUCCAGACAUGCGUGGCCUCAGACUCAUCAUGAUACCAGCUGAACUGCUGCUCCUUUGCUACCUCCUGCUACGCCCUGCCGAUGCCGCUUCAUAUGGAAACCAAACAAAUGUCCUGAUGCACCUUCCAUCGUCCUCGGAAUCCUGGCUACCUUCCUCAGACCCCUUGUCCUGCCAGACCCUGCUCCCAAAGUCCCUGCCUGGCUUCACCCACAUGGCCCCUGUACUCAAGUUCCUGGUAGGCCUGUCACUGAUGAUCGCCUUGGAGGAAGCUGGCUGCCAUGCUGAUGUACGGACCCUGCAGCGUCAGCUGUACCGCCAGGGCAGUGUCAACACUACACAGAUCCUCAUCCGACAUCUUCAAGGGCUUGAGAAAGGCAGAAGCACAGGGAGGGCAGUGUCAGUGGAUGCCCUGGCCUCUGCUCUGCAGCUGUUGGCCAGGGAGCAGCCAGGCCAAGAGAGGGCCCGACGCUCCCUCCCCAUCAAGCACUGUGAGCAUGAGAAGGAGCAAGUUGUGCAUAAUAUAGUCAGGCUGUUGCCCGGAGUGGGAACCUUCUACAACCUGGCCACAGCUUUGUAUUAUGCUGCUCAGAACUGCUCCGACAAGGCCAAGGAACGAGGCCAAGAUGGGGUCAUAGAUCUGGGUUAUGAUCUUCUCAUGACCAUGGCUGGACUGUCAGGAGGGCCCACGGGACUGGCGAUCAGUGCUGCCCUUAAACCUGCAGUGAAGGCCGGAGUUCAAAAGUUGAUCCAGUAUUACAAUGAGAAAGAGGCAAACACCCCUCUGCCAGAGACCAGCACGGAGGGCCUGGGGGUCACCUCAGGCGUGAGUGACCUGGAAGAAACAACUACCAUGACCCCUUUGGUGUCAGAAGUAUAUCCAACUCCUUACUGGGUAUGGGCCGUAUACAACAGCUAUGACUAAGAUUCAGGGAAGGGAGUCCUGGGAUAUAAAAGAAGGUGGUAAACACAGAAUGAAUAAAUCUAAUGUUCUGACAA